CCUCCAAUUUCCUUAUAUAUAUAUAUAUAUAAACAAUAUAUAUAAUUGGGAAAGUUUCUCAACACUCUGUACUCUGGUCACAUUCUUCUCUAAUCAACACUACAGCAAUCAUGUUGACACCCACGAUGGCGACGGCCACCUCCGCCAUUUUUGUUCUGCUUUCAGUGCCUUGGAGUUUGAGACAACACUGUUAUUGCCGUGAAAGAUAAUGGAUGAAAAUGGGGGAAGAAAAUUAGGUGAUCUUGGAAGUCAUUUGAUUUCAGAGUCGUUGAAGAUAAGAUUGAAUGGAGAUCAGAAAUGGGAGGAAGUGAUUAGAGAGAUAAAGAAGCAGAUGGGAUUGGCUGGUCCUCUGGUUUUGGUGAGUUUUCUGCAGUAUAGUUUGCAGCUGAUAUCUAUUAUGUUCAUUGGCCAUCUUGGAGAACUUCAACUCUCUGGUGCUUCAAUGGCUCUCUCUUUUGCUGGAGUCACUGGCUUUAGUCUCUUGAUGGGAAUGGGCAGUGCAUUAGAAACGUUAUGUGGACAAUCGUAUGGAGGGAAACAAUAUGAAAUGCUUGGGAUUCAUAUGCAAAGAGCUAUUGUUGUUCUGUCACUUAUCUGUAUUCCCAUAGCUGUUUUAUGGGCUUCCAUUGAACAAAUCUUGACCUUUCUUAAACAAGAUCCUCUAAUCUCAGAACAAGCUGGGAUUUAUGGGAAAUGGCUAAUUCCUAGCAUUAUCCCUUAUGGUCUUCUUCAAUGCCAACUUAGAUUUUUACAAACCCAACAUUUAACUUCUCCAUUGUUGAUUUCCUCUGCUGCUUCAAGUUUCAUUCAUCUUUUGGUUUGUUGGGUUUUGGUUUUUGAAUUUGGGUUUGGGAUUAAAGGAGCUGCUUUCUCUACUGCCAUUACUUAUUGGGUUAAUGUCAUCAUUUUGGGUUUGUAUAUUAAGUUUUCUCCUCAUUGUCAAAAGACUUGGACUGGAUUUUCCAUUCAUGGGAUCAACAAUUUGUUUGCUUUCUUGGCUUUGGGUGUUCCUUCUUCUCUCAUGAUUUGCUUGGAGUACUGGUCGUACGAGUUUUUAGUUUUCAUGUCAGGGCUUCUUCCCAAUCCUGAGUUGGAAACAUCGAUGAUAUCAAUCAGCAUGACCAUCAGUGCAUUGAUCUUUAGAAUUGCGUAUGGUUUCGGGAGUGCUGUCAGCACAAGAGUAUCAAAUGAGUUAGGGGCAGGGAAGGCUAUGGCAGCUAAAUUAGCAGUGAAAGUAGUGAUGGUUUUGGGUUUAGUACAAGGAAUUGCUUUAGGAGUUUUGUUGAUUUCACUUGGAAACAAAUGGGGUUUUGUCUUCACAAACGAACCACAACUUAUUCAAUAUUUGAGUUCAAUAAUGCCAAUCCUCGCCAUUUCCAACUUCAUAGACGCCAUCCAAGGCACCCUUUCAGGGACCGCAAGAGGAUGUGGAUGGCAGAAGACUGCGGCAUGGGUGAGUUUUGGAGCGUAUUAUUUAGUUGGGUUACCUUGUGCCGUAACCUUCACUUUUGUGCUUCAUUUUGGAGGAAAGGGAUUAUGGAUAGGAAUCACAUGUGGAAGCUUUCUACAAACCAUACUGCUUUUACUCAUUACUUUUACCACAAAUUGGGAGGAGCAGGCAAUCAAAGCAAAGCAAAGAAUGAUGUAUACUACUUCAAGUCUCCCUACAAUGAUCACAACUCCCCUUUUAGAGUAAAUUGAACCAAAUCAUACUAAUAUUAAUAAUCUUGUUCGGGUAAUCACCCACAUGUUUACGUAGGGGCUAGCAGAGGUAUGUGUCCUCCUUAUAUGAUCUGUUUUUGUAUUUUAAUAUUAAUUUUGAGUGUUAGAUUACUAUAUGUAUUAAAUAGUGUUGUAUUUUAAACAUAAUAUGAUUGUAAUGUAGUGGUUGUGUCUCAACUCUUACGACCAUUAGGUUGUGUCAGUCGUGUGUUUUGCAAAUUUCAAUAUUUGAAUAUUUUUAGUGUGUUUAUUAUAUAGUGCCCUCUAUGCUUGUAAUUCGUGUGGUGAAAAAAAAAUAUAUUGGAAAAGAACUUAAUAGAGGGGUUAUUUUUCUUUGUUUAUA